AUGGGAAAUGGAAGAAGAGGACUUCUCCUAACUGUGGUUCUUGCAGUGUCGUCCUGGAAUCUAUUCUCGUGGACUGCAUCUGCGGAUCAAUUUCAAUGUUCUGAGAAUUUAGUACUCAGGAGUUGUGGCAGUCUGCAAGAGAUGCCUUCUUGUCUGGAGAAUCUUUCGACGCUUGAAGUGAUUGAUGUCAGGUGA